ACAGCAGUGUUGGCGCGUCAGAAACAUUAUAGCAAGCACAGUAUUGAGACCAAAUCAAGUUUGCACGAACUUAUAAUGAAAAAUAUUUAUUAAAAUAGAAAAUCCGUGUUUGAUUUCGAAAGUGACAUAUGAAAUAAGAUUUUUCAACAAUAGAAAUAAGGAUAGUAAAUUAAAAAAAUAUAAAGUGUUAUUUCGUUUCGAUCUGCAAUAAAAUGAAUAGCGUUUAAUAACUGUGAAUAAUCAUUGAGCAGUGAUUCAGAAAGAAGAAACAUAUAAUGACGAAUUGAAUGCUAACAGCGGACUACUGCAGAAGUAAAUGGAUUUCACUUUUAAAGAACACAAAUUAUCUUAUCCUCAAAAAGCUUUUACCGUUUUUGAGACACGUAAAAUUUAAUCGUAACCGGGAUAAUAGAUGUUGGCAUUAAUGAAUACUGCAAAACUUGACUUUUUGGAUAUCGCCAAUGAUAAAUUUAAAACCAUUAUGAAAAUAUCAAACAAUGACUCGAUUGAACAAAAGAAAAAUCGUGCUGAAAGUGAUGAGGAUUCUUCGAAAACUUUACAACUUUUACGUAUUAAAGGAUUUCCCCGAUUGUUACCUGAAGGAAUUGAAGCAUUAGUUAAUUACUGCUGUUAUCUGCAAGAAUUAUCAUUGUCUUAUUCAUUGCUUAGUGACGAAUUACUAUUAGCUUUGAGUUCCGAAAAACAAGUGCAAUUGGAAACUCUACGAUUGGAAGUACAUCCAGAAACAAAACCACUUCCACGAGUGAGCGAUAAAGCUUGGUUUUCAUUUUCCAAUCAUUUACCGAAUAUAAAUCUUGUGUUAUUAUCUUAUAUGACGAAUGAAGAUGAUCAAAGUCCGUUAUUCGCACCGUAUGUUCCUAUAACGCACUUGUAUUUUGGAGAAACUCCAUCGGAAACAAUGAUACUACAUAUCGGAUAUCAAUGCCCCCGUUUGGUUGAACUAGUGAUUGCAGCUUAUGGUUCCGGUUUACUUGAUCGUGCAUUACUCUUUGUCGCUGAACAUUGUCCACGUUUAAGUGCUGUGGCUUUGGGUGAUUGUGAAAUCACUUGCUCAGGAUUAUUGGAAUUUGUUACACUCUGUGCAAAACGUUUGCAAAUACUGUAUAUUUGGGAAACAUCAUUAAUAGAAGAUUCUGAACUAGACAUCACAACACUAUCGAAGAAUGUAUCAUUGCUUCUUGGUCGUACUUGGGUACCUGAAUACAUACCACUAUGUUGAAAUUUUAAAAAAUGAUGUAAGCAAUUAAAAUAAUAAUUGAUGGUAAUUUGCGCAUAUAUUAAAAAUAUUUGCAUAAGUGAUUAAACUUUACGAAUAUAUGUAUAUUAUUUAUCUUCUGCCA